AUGGCUUGUCCUCGCAUACUCUCCCUGCUCGUCGCGGCGAUCGCGGCGGCUCUGUUGCUGCUAGCGGUGCCAGCAGAGAGCAAGAAGGCGGCGCCGGUGAAAAGGGCAGUGCAGAAAGGAGUACCUCAGUGGGAACUCCUCGCGGCGCUCAAGGACCUUGAUAAGAAAUACGCCUUCUUCUCCGUUUUCGCUCAGCGAUUCUACACUGCAGCGAGAUUUAAGCUGAUUACACUUGACGGCCCUGCGACCAUCCUCAUCCCCUCCAAUAUUGGCAACCAAUUUAUGAAGAAAAAGUGGGAGUCUUACACUCCGCAGCAGCGCCUACGCAUCUUGAAGAAUCUGAUUAUGAAGGGGAAAUUCAGCAAAAACCGGCUUCUGUCAACUGUUCCGUUAUGGCAGUUUCGCACCAUGAACAUGGACUUAGCGCUGAUUAAAAUGAAUAAGAUCAGCCAGCGAGAGUGUUACUUCAGGGCCCAAGGAGGGAAGUCGUUUGGGCCUCUGAACAUGGCCAAUAUGAGCCUGACGAAAAACAUUCAGAUUCACGGCGUUUCUACCGUUCCCAUUCCUCCAAAUGCAUGA